UCAUCAAACAAAAAUUUCAGAAUAAAUGUACACAAAUCUAGGAGCAAAAAUCAGAUUCUCAUUCAAUAUUUAAGCAUGAUGUACACGAUAUGAAUCAAGAACAAAAUACCUAAGUUCGGCGACACUUCUAGAUUCCGGAAACAAACUCGAACUUCCCUUUUUGCCUUUGAUUCCUCAAGCCCGAUAAUCUCAGUACUCUCUGAUUUAUUUCUCGCACUCUUUCUGCCUCUCUUCAGUUUUUUUCUUCUCUUUUUCUUUCUUCUCUUCCUUCUCUCGGGUUUUUCCCCUUUUUUUUCUUCUUCCCUCCACCCGAAAAGCUCUCUCCUUUUUACAGGCAAAAUCGGAGUGAUCCGAUUGCCUUCCUUCCUUCAAUCCCGACCGUUCCUAGUCCUGGAUUUACCGCCCGCCUAGCCUUAGAGUUGCCACCCACCUAAAGCCCUAGAUUCCUUCAACUUGCUUCAGAUCCAUGACUUGAGGGGAUGAAUGGCUUGGUGACAAGGCUUCCACGGAGAUCCCUUCACAUGGAAUGAAAGAGGAAGGCACCAAUUUGGAGAGGACGGGAGAGGAAUCCAUCCUGCAAGUGGCGGAACAAGACAUGGGUGACAAAAAAUUGACCUUCUUCCAUGGAGGAAAUUUCGCCCAAGUUCCCAAUUUGGAGUAUGUUGGUGGGGAUAAGUAUGUCCUUGACAAUAUUGAUGAAGACAAGUUAAGCUAUUUUGAGAUUCGGGACAUUGUAAGGGAGGAUAUGAAACUAGAAUUUACAAAAUUAUAUUAUAGAAUUCUUGAAGUUGAUUUAGAGCAUGGAUUGGUAGAAAUUAAAUCGGAUGGUGAUGCAUUACAGAUUGCAUGGCACUUAAUUGAACAUGGUUCUGUAGACAUUUAUGUUCAUAAUGGACUUGGGCACAUUCUAUUUAAUGUAGUUAAUGUUAUUAAUGAGGUUAAUGAAGAUGUUGAUUUGGAGCAGUUAAGUUUUGAUAAAGAGGAGUUUUUUAAUGAAUUAGUUGAUGUGCAUUUGAUGAAUGAAGAGUUGGACCACGUUGGACUUGAAUGUAGGAAUGCAAGUGGUAUCAUUAAUGGUGGUGUUUGUGCAGAUAUGGAUCAAAGAACUCGAGAUGGGUUUUAUGUUGAGAUAGAUGUCCUGAGUGGUAGAGAUGAUGAAGAGCUAAUUAGUGCAUAUGGGAAUCAGGCUCAGUUUUGGAAGCAAACACAUGCUCUGGAUCCUGCAGAUGGUAUAGAAAUUCCAAUAACCCUUGACAAAGGUAAGCAAAAGGUGGAUCAAGAAGCUUGCUAUCUAGGAGGUUAUGAUCAAUACACUUUAUCUGAUUCGGGGACUUCUAUAGCGAGUUCUGAAGGGGAGAGGGAUUCAGAUUAUAUUGACAGUGAUGAUCCAGGGGAAUAUGUCUCAAAUUUAGAGCUUGAAUUAUUUGAAACUGAUGAUGCUGUUAGAGAGAAGACAGUAGGUCCAGUUUAUGAUCCUAGUUGUAAAAUUCCACAUUUUGAACUUGGGAUGACAUUUGAAAACCACUUACAGUUCAAGAAUGCUUUAUUCCACUAUUCUACAUACAAAGGCUUUGCACCAAAAUGGCUGAGGAAUGCUCCUGACAAGCAAAGAGUGAUAUGUAAGGCUCCAAAUUGUCCAUGGUAUAUAUCUGCAACUCUUCAAAAGAGAGAUGGUAGCUUCAAAGUUGUUGCACUUGUUAAAGAGCAUAUUUGUAUCAAGGAUAACAAGAACCCUAUGGUAACUGCCAAACAACUUGCAAAGCAUCACAACCAAAGAAUUAAAGCUGUACCAGGUAUUAGAAUACAUGAACUAAUUGAUUUCACAAGAAUUGAACUCAAUGCAUUGGUGAAGAAAGAUAAAAUGGCAAGAGCAAGAAGAAUGGUUCAUCAAGAAUUGGAAGGUAAUUACAAGGAUGAGUUCAAGGUGUUGAGAGGGUGGGCAAAAUUGUUGCUAGAAAGCAAUCCAGGCACUUCUAUUCAUUUUGAAGAUGUUAAAUACCCAACUGACCCAAUACCAGAUUUUAGGAGAAUGUAUGUCUGCAUUGCAGCUUUAAAACAUGGAUGGUUGGCUGGUUGUAGGCCAAUUAUAGGUAUUGAUGGUUGCUUCCUCAAGGGCAUUUGCCAGGGAAUUUUAUUGUCAGCUGUAGGAAGAGAUGGAAAUGAGCAGAUGUACCCUAUAGCAUGGGCAGUAGUGGAGUCUGAAAAUAAGGAUUCUUGGAUAUGGUUUCUAAGGCACUUGAAAGUUGAUGUCAAUAUGGUGGAUGGAUUUGGACUUACAAUUAUAUCCGAUCAGCAUGUUGGCAUUUUAGCAGCUGUACAUUCAGUUUUGCCUAAAGCAGAGCAUAGAUAUUGUGCUAGGCAUAUAUAUGCAAUUUGGGCAAAAGACAAUAAUAAUAGAGGUGAUGAAAAGAAGCAGCACUUUUGGGUUACAGCUAGGUCUACUUAUGAAGAGGAUUUCAAUGAUAAUAUGGGCCACAUGAAGGGUUUGACACAAGCAGGACAUGAUGCACUUGCAAGCAUAGAACCAAAGAGGUGGUGCAAGGCUUUCUUUAUGACUCAUUCUAGGUGUGAGAUCAUUGAUAACAACCUCACAGAGACAUUCAAUGCUUGGAUUCUUGAUGCUAGAUGCAAGGCUAUUUGUAGCAUGAAUGAUGAGUUGGUAGAAAAAUUGAUGGUAAGACAUGGUGAGAAAAAGACAUAUGGUAGAAAGUGGCCUACAGACAUUGCUCCAAGAGCAUACAAAAAAUUGCAGAAAAAUGUUGACAUUUCAGCUUAUUGCCAUCCAUGUCCUAAUGGAGAAACAUCAUAUAAGGUGAGACAUAAUCUAGAAUAUUUUGCUGUUGACUUUGCAGAUUCAAGUUGCACUUGUCAAGCAUGGCAAUUGUCUGGGAUCCCUUGCCCACAUGCAUGUGCUUGCUUGAUUGCUCAAAGUCAAAAUGUAGAGGACUAUGUCUCUCAUUACUACAAAAGGGACAUAUAUAUGGAAGCAUAUAAGGAACCAAUAUAUCCUUCAAAAGGUGGCAUGAAAAUAUGGUCACAAGUUGGGUGUGCCCCAAUGAAUCCACCUCCAUUUAGGAAGCAAGCUGGUAGACCUAAGAAAAAACGAAGAAGAGAUAAAGAUGAGCCUAAGAAGGUUAGCAAGCACAAGACAGCAAUGUUGAGGCUUCCUAAGAAGGGUUCUAAGUGCACUUGCACAAUUUGUGGAAUUCAAGGACAUAACAAAGCAGGCUGUCCAAAAAAGAAUUUGCCAGCACUUAAUACUGAGGAAACAAAUGCAUUGGGGAAGGAAAAAGGCAAGGGAAGAACCAAAAAGAAGGAAAAAACAACAAUAGACAAAGUUGGAGCAAAGAAUAAUGGCAAAGGAAAGGCUGAUGUUGGAAGAGAAUCUGGUUAUAACACUAAGGAAAAAAAUUCACAUUAUAGAAGGAAAAGGCUAGUUGGUUAUGGUAUUUCAACCAACCAAUUUACGGGGGAUAUAAUUUUGAAUCCUGGAACUCAUUCUGAAAUACUUGUAUCAAGUGGAAGCCAAAGAGAGAGAAGAGGACCACAGCAAGGGUUUAGGGAGAUUAGACCAAGGUCUGAAGUUGGAGAAAGUUCUAAGCAGGGAAGCCAAAGAAAAGGCAAAGGAAAUAAUACCUCUAAGAAACAGAAUUAAAGCUUUUGGUUGGCUUAAAUGUGUUUUAAAAAGGCUUUUUUGUUAUGUGAAGUUAAGUUAUGGCAAGGAAAGACUUUAGUUUAUGUGUACCUAAAUUUGAUUUUGGGCACCUUCAGAGCAUCUUCUAUCUGGUUUGGAGUUUGUCUUGGACAGACAAAGCAAACUUGGUUUUGUGUAGUUUGGGCAUUUAAAUGGAAAUGAAAGUGUUCUAUGUUC